UCCCACGGGCGACACUGAUUGGACUACCGAACCCCGCGCGCUGAUUGGCCGCGUGGGCGAGGCGGAGGAGAGCCGUGCGCAGCGGCGUAUGUGGGGCCGUGUGCAGACCCGCGUGUGGCGCAGGCAAGGACCCUCAAAAUAAACAGCCUGUACCUUGCGAGCCGUCUUCUCCAGGCCUGCGUCCGAGUCUCCGCCGCUGCGGGUCCGCUCCGACGCGGAAGAUCUGACUGCAGCCAUGAGCAGCAAUGAGUGCUUCAAGUGUGGACGAUCUGGCCACUGGGCCCGGGAAUGUCCUACUGGUGGAGGCCGUGGUCGUGGAAUGAGAAGCCGUGGCAGAGGUGGUUUUACCUCGGAUAGAGGUUUCCAGUUUGUUUCCUCAUCUCUUCCAGACAUCUGUUAUCGCUGUGGUGAGUCUGGUCAUCUUGCCAAGGAUUGUGAUCUUCAGGAGGAUGCCUGCUAUAACUGCGGUAGAGGUGGCCACAUUGCCAAGGACUGCAAGGAGCCCAAGAGAGAGCGAGAGCAGUGCUGCUACAACUGUGGCAAACCAGGCCACCUGGCUCGUGACUGCGACCAUGCAGAUGAGCAGAAGUGCUAUUCUUGUGGAGAAUUCGGACACAUUCAAAAAGACUGCACCAAAGUGAAGUGCUAUAGGUGUGGUGAAACUGGUCAUGUAGCCAUCAACUGCAGCAAGACAAGUGAAGUCAACUGUUACCGCUGUGGCGAGUCAGGGCACCUUGCACGGGAAUGCACAAUUGAGGCUACAGCCUAAUUAUUUUCCUUUGUCGCCCCUCCUUUUUCUGAUUGAUGGUUGUAUUAUUUUCUCUGAAUCCUCUUCACUGGCCAAAGGUUGGCAGAUAGAGGCAACUCCCAGGCCAGUGAGCUUUACUUGCCGUGUAAAAGGAGGAAAGGGGUGGAAAAAACCGACUUUCUGCAUUUAACUACAAAAAAAAGUUUAUGUUUAGUUUGGUAGAGGUGUUAUGUAUAAUGCUUUGUUAAAGAACCCCCUUUCCGUGCCACUGGUGAAUAGGGAUUGAUGAAUGGGAAGAGUUGAGUCAGACCAGUAAGCCCGUCCUGGGUUUGUUGAACAUGUUCCCAUGUAGGAGGUAAAACCAAUUCUGGAAGUGUCUAUGAACUUCCAUAAGUAACUUUAAUUUUAGUAUAAUGAUGGCCUUGGAUUGUCUGACCUCAGUAGCUAUUAAAUAACAUCAAGUAACAUCUGUAUCAGGCCCUACAUAGAACAUACAGUUGAGUGGGAGUAAACAAAAAGAUAAACGUGCGUGUUAAUGGCUGUUCGAGAGAAAUCGGAAUAAAAGCCUAAACAGGAACAACUUCAUCACAGUGUUGAUGUUGGACACAUAGAUGGUGAUGGCAAAGGUUUAGAACACAUUUUUUUCAAAGACUAAAUCUAAAACCCAGAGUAAACAUCAAUGCUCAGAGUUAGCAUAAUUUGGAGCUAUUCAGGAAUUGCAGAGAAAUGCAUUUUCACAGAAAUCAAGAUGUUAUUUUUGUAUACUAUAUCACUUAGACAACUGUGUUUCAUUUGCUGUAAUCAGUUUUUAAAAGUCAGAUGGAAAGAGCAACUGAAGUCCUAGAAAAUAGAAAUGUAAUUUUAAACUAUUCAAUAAAGCUGGAGGAGGAAGGGGAGUUUGACUAAAGUUCUUUUUUGUUUCAAAUUUUCAUUAAUGUAUAUAGUGCAAAAUACCAUAUUAAAGAGGGGAAUGUGGAGGACUGAAA